CACUAGCCAAAAAGAAGAAGACAACAAAUAGAAUUCUGCUUUCCUUCUUCUACGGUGUUUGUAUCCAAAGAAACGCUACUUCCUAUAUGUGAAGUCAAUUUUCCUGGAAUGGUUCAGAGAAAGGUUAUCCGCAGGAAGCCUGGAAUCCUUCCAAUCCAACCUGAAUACCUGAUAAGUUGUCUGAAAGCCUGAAGAAGAAGAAGAAGAAGAAGAAAUCAACUUGCGGACAUCACGAUGGCAAAAAAUUGAAACGCUCUGGUUGGGUGAAAAAGUGCUCAGAUUUGCACGAGAUUUCAGAAAUCCAGAGGCAACCCAUGUCUCCUCUCCUCGGAAAGUCGCCGUCUUCUGCUCCGGCGACCCCACAGAAGUCGUUGCCGAACUACAUGAAGUCGACGACGAGCUCAGAGGCCAGGAAGGAGAAGGAGCGAUCGCCGGUGAGUAAGUCUCUGAAUCUGGACAAUAAGAUGUGUACCGAUUGCAAGCCUUACCCGGCGAGGAAAUCGACGAGGACUUGGAGCUCGAAGAAGAAGACGAGCGUGAGAGCUCUUACCAAAGCUCCGAGCUUUAAAACUGUGAGGAAAUCGACUUGUUCUUCGACGAUGAAGGACUCUAAGUUCCCCCCUUACCUUGUGCUUGACGAUGGAGGUAGUGAAGCUGAAGGGACUUCGGCUCUCAAGGUUUGUCCCUACACUUACUGUUCCCUUAACGGCCAUCAUCGCCCUCCGCUCAACUGCUUCUUGAAGGCCAAACGGCGCUCGUUGAAGGCGCAGACAAGUGUCAAGUUGGGAUCUCUGUUUCCGAUGAAACCCGUGGGAUCUUCAGAUAGUUCUCAGGACGAAGCGGACUUGUUCAUUGAAAUCUAUUCAGAAAAGGAGGAUAUAAAGGUUGAUUUAUCGCAGGAAGACACAAGGCUGGUUGAUGAGCACAACCUGAUCGAUGAAAUUCCUGACCCAGAGGAACAAUUUGGCGGCGCCAGUUAUGGAGAAGAAGAACAGAUGGAGAGAAAUGCAAGUAUGGAGGAAGAUGAUAAGAGUUCUGAAGCGACGGAAAUGGAGUGGGAGCAAGGCCCUGAUUCUGCUUCUCGAGUCGAUGAUGAAGGCAAUUUAUGUUCCAAAGGUGGUGCUCUGUUUUCUGUGAUGAAGAAGCCUGAGAUAGUUGAAUUAGAUGACAUCUCUAGCUGCUGCACUGAAGAGGUUCUUGCCGAGGAGUUGCUUCGGGAGCUGUUCGAGGAAGAAACUAGUGAAGAUGGGGGUUCUGAGGCGCCUCUAGAAGAAAAAGGCGACAGAGAUUUCAUGGUAGGGCCAAUUCAGAUGGAUUUCAUUGGCGGGUCGGAGAAUGAUGCAGUGGAAGCCAAUCUGAAACCUCAACAGGCUGAAAAUGAUUGCCUUACUGAGACAGUGGCGCAAUGUUUGGAUGAUGAACUGCAGCAGCUCCCUAAUGGGGAACCAGAGAAGUCCGUAAACAAUGGACUUGGAGUUCCCGAUUCAUCAACAGGUUGUUCUGAAGGUGAUCAAGAUUGCCCCAAGACUAGAAUCCUAAAAAACAUCGACGCACAUGAGGGUUUGGACACGAGCGAGUUGAGAUCAAUCGGGCAUGAAGUGGAAGAAUGCUGCAACACCCAACGCGAAGAUUGCAACAAACCAACUAAAGCUGAGGCACUUGCUGCAGCAACAAAUGAAGGAACAUGUGGAGAUAAUGGUGGGAUGUCUGGAUGGGCAAGGAACAACUCCAAACAAGAGCUUGAAGAUCCCUGCAGCUACUUGAAAUGGAAGAUUGGAUGCAGGAGAGCCAUGGACCAGACAGAGGAAACCGAGAGGGAGUUCAAUCCAAGAGAACCUACCUUCCUUCCACUAGUUCCCGACCCGAAUGCAGAGAGAGUUGAUUUGAAUCAUCAGACGGUGGAUGAAAGGAAGAAUUCCAAGGAAUGGAUGAUCGAUCAUGCACUCCAGGAAGCUGUCACCAAGCUUGCUUCAGCUACAAGGAAGAGGAAAGUUGCGCUACUUGUUGAAGCUUUUGAAACGGUAUCGCCUGUACCCAAGUAUGAGCCUCGUAUGAGGCAUUCCUCCCCAGUUUUCUCUCCAACUACGCCCAGGCCCAUUCAAGCCUGCAGUUGACAAAUCUUAAUCUCAGGUACGCAAAGAGACUGAAUAGAAAGACCUCUCGGGAUUCCAUUUCGGUUUGGCGCAGUGUAUUAUCGACUUCACUAUUUAAUUAGUUGCUUUGCUUUGCUUUGUCAAUUCCAGGGAUGAGUGAUGAUGUUCGGCAGGGAGUUGCAGGAUGGGGAACCUUGUAUGGAGAAUGCUCUGCAAUCUGCAUGAACGUGGAUUGUGGAACAAGAUGCAGUGUACCUAGAACGCCAUGGAUAGUUAGAGUGCUAAUUAAGAUUGUGCAAGUCAAUUAUGAAUGUUACUGGUCUGUAGUAGUAUAUGUGGGGUUGGGUUCCUUCAACCAGAUUAUGUAUUUUAUUUCUAGUUCAUUAAAGAAAACAGUAAAGUGAAAGGGGGAAAAGUUACUAUUGUUUCUUGUUGUAGACGGCAUUUUUACUUUUUAGUUUCCCACAAAAUGUUGUUGACUUAUUUAUUCCUACGAUUCAUGCCUACAGAUGUCAGAGACAUGGUGACAAGUUUCGAGCACAAACAUAAUGUCAAAAUCUGUAAGUUUAUAAGUUCAAUUCAUAAAUGAAGCCGUUUCACAAUUCAAUAUGAAAGUACGUGGCGAGGUCAUCUAUAUUAGAAAUUUUCGUGUGAGUUUUCUGCUACAAUUUCGCAGGCCGAGAAAUUUUGUGGGAUGUCAUUCUGUCUACUUUACUUGUUGCCAUUACCCACCUUGCAAUGGAACUGCAAAUCCAGUAGGACAUGUCACUUGUUGAAUACUUUCCCUCAAAGAGCCUCAUAUUCCUCUCCUUGUAUAUACACCAGCAUUGAGCAUGAAGAAGACUUGGAAAUUUAAGAGCUUCUUCUUCCUUUGCAACUUCGUGUAUGUAUCAACUCUGCAAAUUCUGCCAUGGAUUUCUUCUCCUUCGCUUCUUUCUUUUGUUUGUCCUUUUAUUUUAUAUAAGCAGCAACAACCUUGCAAAAUUGCAUAAUUAGAAUUACAGCAGGAGAGAAAAACUGCAGCAACAACCGAAAAUGAAAAAAAGAUAGUAAGAGAAGGAUUCUUGGAUCACACAUAAACCAAUAAAAAAGGUAGUAAGAGAAGAAUUCUGGUCUUACAUAAACCAAUCAACAACCGGUCUAGUAGAUCACACAAAUAAUUGGCCAACAGGAAGCAGACAUGAGCAUCAAACAGUUGAUGGGCGAAAAAGAAAAGAGGAAAUAAAUUGCAUUCUAGGGUGUUCAAUGUAAUAGAACGUUGGUAUGACU